AUGUGUCCUUUGCUGGAGAGCGGCGAGCACGCGAAACAUUUCGGGCUGCCGAAAACGCCGGACGCCCAUGCACGACCCUGUCAUUCUUGCUCGCAACGCGGGACUGGCCCACAGCUAGGCCACGGGAGUGAGGUGCGCUUCUCCGCCGAAUAUGCAAAGCCAGAUACCCUCGUAAUUCCGACGACACCGAUAAGAGCUUCACACGCAGAGGACUUGAACAGCGCGCGCUCACUGGGGAGUCGAACCUCAACACCCACAAGCCUGCCUAGUUUGGAUCUCAGCACGGUGGCGACAUGUCCGAUUUAUCGUUCGGAACUCGCCGCGACCUGCAGCCGAUCGUGUGCUGCAAACGAAGAUGGGCUCGCACGCUUUGCAAUACCGGCCGCAGAAGAUCAGCAGCAGCAGCAACAACAACAACAACAACAGCAAUCCAAACAUUUUCUCUCUGAACUGGGCUGGAGUAUUGAGGGCAACAUGACACGAAGGCGGUUCCGAAGCCGUUCUCGAUCCAAUGGCGAACGAGACGAUUGGUGGCAAGAUUUGGCUUCGCAGGUAGAAGCCGAGACUCGGAAAACCAAGUGCAGCACGGGAUCCGAGAGUCCCGAUUGCCCGGCAGCGCAGCGCGCGAACGCUGACUGCAGCACUGAACGUCGCACGGAUGCAGCCCAACCGUUGUCACCUCCGGGAACGAGCUCGGGUCAGCCUCGGUCAUCCCAGACUGGAAAUCGGUCUGUUUACGGUACUGAAAAUGGUGUCGGCCAUCGGUCGCGUGCUGGAUCCUUGGGCUGGGUGAGCCGCCUUCGCAGUCGGUCGCCGCUUCGGCUGCACGCGACCGCAGCGUCGGGGCGACCGGAAUCGCUCACACCGGACGCGUCCACAACUUCAGGGAAAGCUGCAGGCUAUACGGAGGCAACGUUACCACCCGUAACGCCCGUAUCCGGGCAGGACGUAUCGAGCCUUGUGCAGCACCUGUCGGAGAGCAUUUCGUUCGUUCGCAGUUAUCUAGGCGUCAGUGGGCGAAAACCAGCUGCCAAUGCGGCUCUGCUUCAGCACCACGGCAUCACGCAUAUUGUGAACGCCUCGGGACUCGAAGUGCCGAAUUUCUUUGAAAACGAAUUCCGUUAUCUGCCGCUCUUCAUCCAGGAUCGGGAUGAACGCUUCGCAACCGAAGAAAUGAUGCAACUCUUUUAUCCAGUUUGCGACUUCAUAGACGCUGCUCGAGUAGCAGGCGGGCGAGUUCUCAUUCAUUGCUAUCAAGGCAUCUCACGGUCGAGUGCACUCGCUCUCGCUUACCUGCUGAUUAGGGAAAGUAUCUGGCCUUUGGAGGAGGCCGUCCGCCAGCUGCUGCGGGUUCGACCAACCGCCUGCCCGAACGCGGCUUUUCUGGAUGCACUGUCUGAGAUCGAACUUCGCAUUCUUAUUGGGCGCUACCGCGCCGCAAUGCGCAACGCCCUCCUUGGCCAGACCGGAGACUUUGCCUACGCUGCGAUGACCGCGCGCAACGCUCUCUUCCAGAACACGUUCGCGGCGACGCAUCACCAGAAUCGGGCACUGGAGCCUUCGAUGCCCACGUCUGCAGCGUCGCCAACAGCGAGUGAUGGCGCUGCCUCUACCGGAGAAGCUGCGAAACACAAAGUCAGAGAGCGCUCCAUUGCGACGAACUGCGGUUAUGCACAACGAAUGCCAUCGGGAGAGAGAGCCUCAUCUGGCCGCGCUUCGAGUACGGUAGCAAACGCAGCACCAUUUCGCUGCAUCUCCCAGUUUUCCACGAGCCGACUAACGAACCUGCUUUCGAUGUGGACUCUGGGUUCAUCAACAGAGUGUCCUGCAGAUACGCAACCACAUACAUCGGAUAAGUGCACGCUGCUGCGUCCCGAGGAGGUUGAUGAACUGCUCAAGCUACGGCUGUUUCGCCUCGAAAAAUACCGCGGCAUGCCGAGUCCCACAGGUCACCGCGGAAUGCGAUACCUGUUGCUGUUGCGCUCGUUCCGAUCACCGCUUUCCCCGGGGCAUGAAACAGAGCGCUCCGGGGAACCGCACAGCGUCGGUGCUCUGGAUGCUGGCAGUGGCGCCCAGCAGGACGCCGCCACUACGCAGCGUAGCGUACGACGAGCGUCGGGAUGCCACAGCUUCUACACCGGCAAACUGCAGCGACGAAUUCGCAUCGCCUCCGAUCGAUGCUACGUGCUGCAUACACCGUUCAGCGCUACCUUCUUAGGGCGUCUGGCGGACUCCAUUCUGGAGCGGUAUCCCACGGGUUCAGCUCCAGAGCCCGCCGCUGAACCAGUCAAUCGGGUACGACAUCGCCGUUCGGUCUCGGUCGGUACCCAAUCGAUGGUGCACGAUCCACCGAGUCAUGCACUGGCUGCCGUGCGUCCCGAGGAGAACGAAUGGCUCGGCGAUACGCGUCUCUUCAUCUGGUGUGGCUCGCGUGCCCCGGUGGAGCUUUUGUAUGCCAGCUUGCGCCUGGCGUGGAACAUUGCCAUAACCGAGUGCCUCUAUGUGGACUCGAUCCACGAGAAAAUUGCCAUGUGGGAGACGCUUGAACGAGAGCUGGAACUUGCUCUGAAGACACGACAAGCGACAAACUCCUUUGAAAUGCUGACACUGUACACGAUCCCGAACCUGCCUUUGCACGUUGUAUUCGAAUACCACGAACCCGAGGAGUUUACAGCGCAUCUGCAUCGCAGUCGUUCGGUUCUCAGUCGCUGGUUUGCUUUCGCCAUCUAG